GGGUGCAACACUGGUUCUCACUCAUAUUCCUUGCAUUUGUCUUAUUUUUUACAAAAAAAGACUUAAAACCACUAGUACCUUUGCUGCGUGGGAAAAUAGCGGGCCUCGGGUGGGCCUGCAACGUUUUCGGAGGCCGAAACGAAACGACAGUUGCUGAUCAGAUUUAUCAAUGGCAGCCGUCUAUGGGCCCAACCUCCAAAUUUUUAGGAGUUUGGGAAAACUGCUACUUUUCCCUAUUUUCCCAACGCUGGCGGAGGCACUAGUGGUUUAAGGUUAUUCGCUCGUAUCAUGGACAUCUGAGUGGCGUGUACUGCCUUGCACUGCACCCCGAGCUGGAUAUCCUGAUGACUGGUGGACGCGACUCCGUUUGUAGGGUUUGGGACAUCAGAACAAAGGCUCAGAUUUAUCCAUUGACGGGCCAUGAUAGUACAGUAUGCUCUGUCAUCACACAAGCUGCGGACCCUCAAGUCAUCACCGGUUCACAUGAUUCUACAGUGAAGCUUUGGGAUCUUGCAGCUGGCAAAUGCAUGGCGACGCUGACACACCACAAGAAGUCUGUGCGGGCACUAGUCAUGCAUCCAUUUGAGCACUCUUUCGCGUCUUCAUCUGCAGAUAACAUCAAGAAAUUCAAACUGUCCAAGGAUUUCAAGCCACCGAUGGGAGAAUUCCUCCACAACAUGCUGUCACAGCAGCGAACAAUUGUGAACACAAUGGCGAUCAAUGAGGAUAAUGUUCUUGUUUCGGGAGGUGAUAAUGGGAGUCUGUGGUUCUGGGACUGGAAAAGCGGAUACAACUUCCAGCAAGUGCAAACUGUUGUGCAACCAGGAUCUCUCGAAAGCGAAGCUGGGAUUUUCGCAAUGGCAUUCGAUCAAACUGGGAGCCGACUAGUUACGUGUGAAGCAGACAAAACCAUUAAAUUCUGGAAAGAGGACAGCAGAGCAACGCCAGAGACACAUCCGAUUAAUUUCAAGCCCCCUCGAGAGAUGCGGAGGUUUUAGGUGAAGUCCUGCCUUGGAAACAGGAGAAGAGGAUAUACCAGAGCGAGGAGAUCCCCAAUAAAAGAGGAGAUUGAAUAACCAACUGGAUUGAUCGAGUCAACGGUGGAUGACAAACAGACACAGCAGCUGCCCUGUCCAUCUCAGAGAGCUAUUCCGAGGUGGACGGAGAAAACAAGGCAGUCAAGGUCCCGGGCGGAAAAAACAAGGCGGUCAAGGAUCCGGGUGGAGAAAACAAGGCAGUCAAGGUCCCCUACAGACGGCAGGAAAUCACGGGGGGGGGGGGACCACAAGGAAAGCAGUUUCCAAUCUGCAGUGUGUAUCCUUCAGUUUUUUUAUUUGUCAUUCGUAUGGUGAGAAAAGUGCAUCAAUGUAAACCACUGGCGAGUUGAGACGCCAUCAGUCACCAGGCCGCUAAUUGCUCUGAAGAGUCUGACACUCUGAACAUUGCUGGUUGGUGUUUCCUGGCGAGUAUGAAUGGCUCUCGUCUUCUGAAAUAUGUGUCCAUUACCGCU